AUGGUUUUCUGGAAANGAAGCGUAUAUACUGUGGUGACGCCACUACCUCCCACAGUCAGUAGGGAAACCGCUGUUGAAAUGCUGCAUUCGCACAGCGAGAUGAUCGAACUGAAUCCGCUGGUCAUCAAUCACGCACGAUGCAAACCUCCCNCCAAUGCACUUCCGGACGAGUUUCAUUGCCUCUGGUACGAGCUCACAGACCGUGUCACAUAUCUACCAGGAGUCAAGGGUCAAGUCAGUUACAAGGCCUGUUUCCACGAUCUGCCGCGUGGGCUUCAGACUCACGUUUAUGCUCCUGCCGGACUGGAAAUUAAGGAGAAAUGGACCAUUGGGGGAAAUGACGUCGUGAAUGGCGAGGAAAGAGAGCAUCAAGAGCUCGGUUUUAGUGACCUCGGUGUACCCCGUGAAGGGUUGUACCUGCGCGAGGACGUCGACAUGAGCUGCAACGUCUUCCUUACCGGCUUUGUCAAGAAGACCCUGAACAAAGCCCACCAAGUUCUCGUGGAUCGCCUAGUCGUUAAGGCAGAUCUAGCGGACGACAAGAAAUACAGAGAGGGUGUUCGUCGUGGCUCGGUCCUCAUGGGAGCUGGCGGAGCCACCGGCCUUGGUCUCACUGUCGCUUCACCAACAAUUACCUCCCCACGAUCAUCACAAAGUCAUAGCAGUAUGAGUGAUGUCCAUCGAAGCCACAGCAGCAUGAGCGACGUACGCCGAAGCCAUAGCAGUAUGAGCGAUCGCAGCUUUGCGGACAGCACGACGCCAGCAACGACAAUACGAGGGGACCAUACCGAAGCGCCACCGCUCCAAAGCAUCGCAGAGCUGGAGGCCACAGACAAAAAUCCCGAGUUCAAAGGUGCCGCUUUCGAGAUUCAACUUCCGCCACCUCCACCAGUCGAGAUGCCGUAA